CGCCUUAAUAGUAAUAAUGAGAGACACCCUCUACUAGCAGCAACAGAUAAAGAACAUUUAGAAAUAGUGAAGCAUCUCAUUGAAUCUACUGGCUGUGAUAUUAAUGUCAAAGAAGAGCGAACUGGGUCCACUCCAUUACAUAAAGCAUGUUAUAAUGGAUCACUGUCAAUAGUAGAAUAUUUGAUAUCUAAACCACAGUGUGACAUUGAAGCUAAAGACAAGGAAGGAAACAAACCACUUCAUUAUGCAGCAUGUCAAGGACACAAGGAAAUAGUUUUAAUAUUAGGAAAGAAAGUGAGUCAGGAUGGUUUAUUUGAAUGUAUGGCAUUAGCAAAGCAACUAGCAGAACCAGAUAUAAUGAAACUUUUAAAUAACCUUUAUAAAGAGAGAAUAUUGUUACUUUAUGCAUGUAAGUUUAAUAAUGUAGACAUUGUAUGCCAUCUUGUGAUUGACAAAAACUGUGAUGUUAAUGCUAAAGGGAUAAAUGGUUAUACACCAUUACAUGUAGCAUGUGCAAGAUGUAGUUUUGACACUGUUCAAUUUCUUACCAAUUCUACCAAAUGCAAUUUAGAAGCUGAAGAUAACUAUCAAACCAGGCCACUUCAUUUUGCAUGUCAAUCAGGGAAUGUAGACGUUGUAUGUCAUCUUGUGAUUGAUAAACACUGUGAUGUUACUGCUGAGCAGAAGGAUGGCUUAACUCCAUUACAUUUGGCAUGUUUAAAUCGUAGUUUUGAAACUGUUCAAUUUCUUACCAGUUCUACGAAAAGCAAUAUAGAAGCUGAAGAUAAUGAUCAAGAUAGGCCACUCCAUUUAGCAUGUCAAUCAGGGAAUGUAGACAUUGUACGUCAUCUUGUGAUUGAUAAGCACUGUGAUGUCAAUUCUAAGCGGAAGGAUGGCUUUACUCCAUUACAUGUGGCAUGUUUAAAUCCUAAUUUUGAGACUGUUCAAUUUCUUACCAGUUCUACUAAAUGCAAUAUAGAAGCUGAAGAUAAUGAUCAAGAUAGACCACUCCAUUUAGCAUGUGUGUCAGGGAAUGUAGACAUUGUACGUCAUCUUGUGAUUGAUAAGCACUGUGAUGUUAAUGCUAAAGGGAGGAAUGGCUUAACUCCAUUACACGUGGCAUGUUUAAAUUGUAGUUUUGAAACUGUUCAAUUUCUUACCAGUUCUACUGAAUGUAAUAUAAAAGCUGAAGAUAAUGAUCAAAAUAGACCACUCCAUUCAGCAUGUCAAUCAGGGAGUGUAGACAUUGUACGUCAUCUUGUGGUUAAUAAACACUGUGAUGUUAAUGCUAAGCGGAAGGAUGGCUUUACUCCAUUACACGUGGCAUGUUUAAAUUGUAGUUUUGAGACUGUUCAAUUUCUUACCAGUUCUACUGAAAGCAAUAUAGAAGCUGAAGAUAAUGAUCAAAAUAGACCACUCCAUUUAGCAUGUCAAUCAGGGAGUGUAGACAUUGUACGUCAUCUUGUGGUUAAUAAACACUGUGAUGUUAAUGCUAAGCGGAAGGAUGGCUUUACUCCAUUACAUGUGGCAUGUUUAAAUUGUAGUUUUGAGACUGUUCAAUUUCUUACCAGUUCUACUGAAAGCAAUAUAGAAGCUGAAGAUAAUGAUCAAAAUAGACCACUCCAUUUAGCAUGUCAAUCAGGGAGUGUAGACAUUGUACGUCAUCUUGUGGUUAAUAAACACUGUGAUGUUGAUACUAAGCGGAAGGAUGGCUUAACUCCAUUACAUUUGGCAUGUUUAAAUUGUAGUUUUGAAACUGUUCAAUUUCUUACCAGUUCUACUGAAUGCAAUAUAGAAGCUAAAAGUGGUCUUCUAAGUAGACCACUCCAUUUAGCAUGUCAAUCAGGGAAUGUAGACAUUGUACGUCAUCUUGUGAUUGAUAAACACUGUAAUGUUAAUGCUAAGCGGAAGGAUGGCUUAACUCCAUUACAUUUGGCAUGUUUAAAUCCUAAUUUUGAGACUGUUCAAUUUCUUACCAGUUCUACUGAAUGCAAUAUAGAAGCUGAAGAUAAUGAUCAAAGUAAACCACUCCAUUCAGCAUGUGAGUCAGGGAAUGUAGACAUUGUACGUCAUCUUGUGAUUGAUAAACACUUGAAAGGUUGUAAUACUCAGGGGAUAACCACUUAUAAUAGGAAAACUAAUAGUUACCUUCAUAUUCAUCAAUCCAGUGGUAUAGCAUUAUUACGUGUUGUUAAGUGUAUAUUGACAGGUCCUCCUGGUGCUGGUAAGAGUACAUUAAAGAAGAGACUCCUCAAUCAAUCUCUUGAUACAGGUCCUUCUCUUAGUACUGGUGUAAUUGAUGCAGCUGUACAAGUUAAUUCAUUUCGUAAACUAUCACAGCACAAUGCAGUAGUGACUACAGAAUGGAAGGAACAGGAACUUGAUGAAGAAGCUAUACUGAUCACUAAGAAACUAUUACCAGCAAGCAACACAUCAGAUGAAUCUAGUACUAGACCUACCACACCUCAUGAAAUAUUGCAUGAAAGUACCAGUACACCUCAGCCUAUGUCAGUGAAUGAGACAGUAGGUCUAACUUCAUCAAUUGAAAGCAAACAAGAAUCACCAAAGGGAUUUGAUUUGUCUCCUAUUACUAGUCAACAGGGCAAUAAAAAUGUUUCUACAUCUUCACCAAUGUGCAUGGAGACAGCAGCAAUUGACACAGUUGUUGUUGAUGAGAGCUUGAUUAUGGAGCAUGAAAAUAUACCCAGUUCACCUGCAAAAAUAGUUAAUUGUGAGGAAGAAGAAAGUAAUACUGAAGUACAAAAUAGUAGCAGUUCAGUAAAUGAUAGUGUCAAAGGUUUAUCAGAUUAUGUAAUGAAGAUACCUGUUAGAAAGAGAGAAGAAUACGAGGAGAAGUUUGAAGAAGCAAAAGAUGAUCACCACACAAUGUUACACAUCAUUGAUACUGGAGGACAACCUGAGUUUCAUGAAAUAUUACCAGCUCUUAUAACUGGCCCAGCUAUCAAUCUACUGGUAUUCAAACUAACUAAAGAUUUAAGGAGUCGCUAUGAAAUAAUCUAUCGAACCUCUUCUGGUGAUUCAAAGCCUUAUGAAACCUCAUUGACACAUGAAGAAGUGAUAUUCCGUUCACUAGCAAGCAUAGCUUGUUUAAGACAGAACACUAUUGGAUGGAGAUUUGACGAAAUGCCUAUUGAAGAUAAGUCAGAACCCGUUGCCUUCCUUAUUGCUACACACAGAGACCAAGUGGAUGAGAAUAAAGUGAGUGAAGUCAACCAGCAACUGAGAACCAAGAUAGAGAACAGCUCACACUUGUUUGACUCCGAUCUUACAACUCAAGAGUGUGGUAUCAAGGAUACAGAAGAGUUUAGAAAUGUUUUAUGGUAUUUACAUCACAGAGUGGGCAUCAUCAUGCACUAUCCUAAUGUAGCAGGUCUGGAGGAUAUUAUUAUCACUGACCUUCAACUGGUGUUUGACCGUAUCACUAAUCUCAUCACAACAUGCUUCACUUUUGAACAGUUAAAAAGUGCUGCUGUGAGGAAAGAGUUUUGUAAAAAUGGGCGCUUUUCAGAGUCACAACUAGAUAAAAUUUCAUUACGAGAGAAAGGUGAUCCUCUUAAUGCAAAGAGACUAGUAACACUACUGAAGCAUCUUUAUAUUGUAGCUGGUCCUAUGAAAGCUAAAGUUGAUUGA